UCAUGUGUCAUGGCGUCGGGUUUAUCGACUAGUGGUUUGAGUUGACAUAUCAGUAGGUUAAUUCUGGAGUAAUUAAUAAUCCAAAAAUAACGGAAGGAUGGGACUUCUGACUGAUCCCAGAGCUGGAAACGUCGAAAUGAUAAAGUUCUUGUUGCAAUGGGAGAGGUCCAUUUGUUUUUUUAUUUACAUCUCUGGCGUUGUGUGGAUGGGGAUGCUCGCCUCACCCAUGUUCAAUGACAAUGCUUAUUUUUCGGAGAACGCUCUCCUCCCGGGGCUCGUCACAAAAGAGAGUAACCUAGAGCAAACAGCUCGCGGAUAUCACCGGGAGUUCGUCGACGAGAUGCAGAGAUACCCAGACAACAUGCCAUACGCCUGGCUCCUGGCGAAGCUCAAUCAGCUUCACCUGGACGUCUACACCCACAACUUUACGCUGAAUUACCCCUUCUCGAGGCACAAAUUCACAGGACAAAAUGUAUAUGGAAUCGUCAGAGCCCCGAGGGCAUCCUCCACUGAGUCAAUAGUCGUCUCCGUACCCUUCCGACCCAUCAACAGCGUCCACCCGACGACAGCCCCAUCCAUCGCCCUCCUCCUGGCAUUCGCAAAAUUCUGCAGAAGACAGAAGUAUUGGGCGAAGGACAUCAUCUUCCUGGUGACUGAGCACGAGCAGUUGGGGAUGCAGGCUUGGCUGGAUGCCUAUCACGGUGUUGUCAGUGGUCAGGCAGAGGUUCUAGACCCGGGUGAUCUGACAGGACGAGCUGGAUCCAUCCAGGCUGCCAUAAAUCUCGAGCUUCAUGCCAUGAAGAUAGCAUCAGUCGACGUGAAAAUCGAGGGCCUCAACGGACAGCUGCCCAACCUGGACCUCGUCAAUCUCGCCCAAAAUGCCAUAAAGAGGGAAAUGGUCCGGGGUACUUUCCAAAAGCGCUUCGACAUCGGCUCGAAAUUUUCCGAGCUCAAAAAAUGGUCCCACAAUUUUAAAACACUCGCCUCAAUGGUCCUGACUCAGGCCACAGGAGUCCCCACAGGUAAUCACGGCCUCUUCCACAGGUACGGAAUUGAGGCGAUCACGCUCGAGGGUAAUGAGAAAAUCCAACGAGGGGCUGAUGUCAAUUUCGACAGGAUAGGGAGAAUUGUCGAGAGUAUGGUACGAUCACUGAAUAAUCUCCUGGAGCGAUUUCACCAGUCAUUCUUCUUCUAUCUUCUCGCUGCCACUGAUCGAUUCAUAUCCAUUGGACUCUACAUGCCAUCACUCGUCGCUAUUAUUGGUCCUCUCUUCAUUAAGGCCUUCUGCCUCUGGCUGAAAUUCCAGCAGGCGAAUGACUAUUCAAACAUCGAAAUUGGAUACAUCGCCUCAGAGGUUCUCUGGUGUCACAUCUUCGGGGUUGCCGUCAUGAAUUUUCCAAAGCUAUUCACAGAUAUGGGAUUGACGUACUUCAACUUGGAGACUGAAAAUUCGAUUUAUUACGGAUUUGUGGGCACUACUGCUGUCACACUCAUCUGGUUCCUCUACCUCCAGAGGCGAUCCAGUCACGAGAAUAUCUCUCUGGUCUGCAUAAUAGCUCUCGUGGAAUUGGCAACGAGUCUCAUGAGCAUAGCAAUGCACAAUUCGUCUCUAGCUCUUCUAGCAGGUGCCCUAUACGUGCCAAUAGUUCUCGGGAUCAGCCCCAGGUCUGACCAAUCGAGAUCUAGGCCCUUCCUCCACCUCCUCUGGAUCCUCCUCCACCCCUUCGUCGUCGCCUCCCUCGUGGUGACAGGCUACACAUAUUUCCACUUCUCCGAAGAGACCUUCAUCAAUCUCCUCAUCAGAAGCUUCGACGCCACCAAAAAAGCCCUCGUCUUCAGCAUCAUAGACUCCAUGAUCUAUGGGAAUUGGCUCUUCAACGUCAUCAUCACUGUCAUUCUCCCAAUCUGGCUCAUGCUGUCCAACGUCAUAGCAAACAAAUCUGUCACGACCUAGAGAUUAUCUUCGAGGACGUCUGUAUUCUGUUGUAAAUACUAUUUUUUCCGUUCACUCACAUUCUCAGUUCAAUCUCUGUUUAUUUGAAAUAAAAUUUAAGUCUUUUACAUUA